AUGCCUCCAAAACCGCUCUUACCCAAAUCAAUAGCAGGCAUCUCUAGGGAACCCGAACCAAAGACUCGCGGUGCAAAUAGGUCCACGAAGGUCGCUGGCAAACUCAAGGUCCUCCCCGACCAACCGACAUCGACUACCCAAACCAAACUUGAACCACGUCCGGAUGCUGAGGAAAGUCUGGGUACUACAGGAGAUACGGAUGACGGAGAUGACGAGGAGGAAGACGAAGAAGACGAAGACGAGGGCGAGGACGUCGAAGUACGCCUACGUCAAAUCUCUCAGAUUCCGCAGGGAACGGCGCGAAGAGAUGCGCUGAGACUGACAAAGAAGAAGGCGAAAUCACUACCUCGUGUAACGGCAUAUGCGACGGCAAGUUCUUAUCGUCUGCAUGAACUUGUGAAGUUCUUCAACGCCCGGAGGAUGUCCUAUCGUGCAGACCCCAAGAUUAUUGACGAAGUUUUGUAUACUCCUUACGCAUAUGAACCCCAAGUCAACCAAGAAGCCAAUGCGAAAUCUCUGCCGGAGAGUGGGGAUUUGUUAGGAAUCCCGGAGCUGAAUCCCCCGAUGUCUGAAGCAGAAGAUAAUGGACUUCCUGCCAAGCGCAAGAAGAUUAGCAAAUUUCACACUGUUCCAACCGAGGCUGAGAUUUUCAUUUUCGAUUAUGGGACAGUAGUCAUCUGGGGAAUGAGUGAAGCUCAGGAGAAACGUUUCUUGUCCUCCAUCAAACGUUUUGAAGUCGAAAGAUUGGCGUCAGACGACAUUGAAAUGGAAGAUUUGAAUUAUUACUACGCAGAUUACAGUCGUAUAUAUAACGAUGUUAUUACCUUGCGCAAGGGAUCCGGUUACAUGACGAAGCUCUCUCUAUCGCACGCACUUUCGCAGUCCGUCAAGAUAUCCCUGUUUGAGGAGCUCAUCUCGAAUACUAUCGAAGAGACGAAAGAUAUCCCCGAAACAUUGUCAGAGACAGGGAAGAUCGGCAUGCCCCAUAAAGAGAUUAUGCGCAAGACUGGGGAGUUAUUCAUAUUACGGACCAACAUCAACUCAGUAGGCUCUGUCUUGGACUCUCCAGUGAGAAUUUUUUGGCUAGACUAUCCUGAUCUACAACCGUUGUAUGAUGCCGCGCGCAGUUACCUGGAGAUCCCUCAGCGAAUCAAUCUACUGAAUACUCGAGUUCUUCAAGAUAUGCUCCAACUACUGAAGGAGUCUGUAUCAAGUAAGCAUGCAGAGCGUCUUGAGCAAAUUGUAAUUGCUCUUAUUGGAAUUGAAAUCGGUAAUGUGGUCAUUUGUUUUCGAAAUCAUGAGCUUAUGUUGUGGCCUAGUACUUGGCAUUAUCACCAUUCUCGUCGAUCUCAUGGCUUGACCUUACAUCCUAUUGAUAUACCCAGCAUGCACUACAGAUCAACCUGUAUUUAA